AUGGAUGUUUUCCUGGACAUUCUGGAUACAUUGGUCUUCGACCGGUGCUACGCAUUUCUCUCGCCCGACCCAGCAGCAACUUUCAGCAAUGAAACUUUACCCGCUGCCAAUUUGAAUCGACAUGUCAAGGUUUAUUACCCCAUGCAGCCCUCAAAAUGGGCCGAGGCAAGCCUUUGGAAGAGAGAUGACAUGGCCAGACAAGCAUUGUCGUUGUAUGCGAUCACAUGGCUUUUCGCAAUGAUCAUGUACCUCCUCGGUAGCCUGCUACUAUACCACACUUUAUUCGACAAAAGGCUGCUCAAGCACCCGCGAUUCCUCCCAGACCAGAUCAAACUCGAGAUCUACCAAGGAAUCUCUGCAAUUCCAGUAAUGGCUCUCCUCACCGUCCCCUUUUUCAUAGCCGAGAUCCGAGGAUGGUCAAAGCUAUAUGAUUUCACCAGCGAGUCCCCGUUCUUCGGAUACACCUUGCUGCAAUAUCCAUUGUUCAUUUGCUUCACAGAUAGCGGGAUUUAUUGGAUCCAUCGUGGCCUGCAUCACCCUUUCUUUUACCGCUGGCUUCACAAACCACACCAUAAAUGGGCAGUACCGACGCCGUUCGCCAGUUAUGCGUUUCAUCCGUUGGAUGGAUGGUCGCAGAGUCUGCCCUACCAUGUCUACCCGUUGAUUUUUCCGCUGCAGAAAGGUGCAUACUUGGGGCUGUUCAUCUUCGUUACCGUUUGGACAGUGCUGAUCCAUGAUGCCGAGUACAUGCCAGGAUCGGAGAUUAUUAACGGCGCUUCUUGUCAUACGAUGCAUCACCUGCACUUCAACUAUAAUUAUGGGCAGUUUACAACAGCGUGGGAUCGUCUCGGAGGAACAUACCGAAGACCUAAGGGGGAUAACUUUAUGGAAAGCCAGGAUAAAACCGGGAACGAGAAACUUACAAACAAGCGUGAUUGA